GUCAUCACCGUGGUCUCCAUCAUCACCAUGGUCUCCAUCAUCUCCAUCACCACCAUCACAUGGUCUCCAUCAUCACCAUGGUCUCCAUCAUCACCAUCACAUGGUCUCCAUAAUCACCAUCACAUGGUCUCCAUCAUCACCAUCACAGGGUCUCCAUCACCCCCAUCACUAUGGUCUCCAACAACAUUGUUAUCAUGGUCUCCGUCACCACCAUGAGCACCAUGGUCUCCAUCAUCAUUGUUACCAUGGUUUCCAUCACCAUCAUGGUCUCCAUCAUCACCAUCACAUGACUUCCAUCACCACCAUCACAUGGUCUCCAUCAUCGUCAUCACCAUGGUCUCCAUCAUCUCCAUCACCAUGCUCUCUAUCAUCACCACCACAUGGUCUCCAUCAUCACCACCACACAGUCUCCAACAUCAUCAUCACAUGGCCUCCAUCAUCCCCAUCACCAUGGUCUCCAUCAUCACCACCACAUGGUCUAAAUCAUCACCACCACAUGGUCUCCAUCAUCCCCAUCACCAUGGUCUCCAUCAUCACCAUCACAUGGUCUCCAUCAUCUCCAUCACAUGGUCUCCAUCAUCUCUAUCACAUGGUCCCCAUCAUCUUCAUCACCAUGGUCUCCAUCACCAUGGUCUAAAUCAUCACCAUCACCAUGGUCUCCAUUAUCACCACCACAUGGUAUCCAUCAUCACCAUCACAUGGUCUCCAUCAUCACCACCACAUGGUCUCCAUCAUCACCAUUACAUGGUCUCCAUCAUCUCCAUCACCAUGGUCUCCAUUAUCACCACCACAUGGUCUCCAUCAUCACCAUCACAUGGUCUCCAUCAUCACCACCACAUGGUCUCCAUCAUCACCAUCACAUGGUCUCCAUCAUCUCCACCACCAUGGUCUCCAUUAUCACCACCACAUGGUCUCCAUCAUCACCAUCACAUGGAGCUGACACUGGCCUCCUGCCCUCAGGGGCUCCCAGUAGCCGCAGCCUGAGCCAGGAGAGCCCCAAGGACAGAGGGACACCCACCCUGCACAGCCCGGCACACCCGCAGUCUGGAGAAGAGCUCCUGGAGCCAGAGACGGGAGGGACAGUCCCCUGGACUCGACCAGAUCCCUCUGCCCCCGCCCCUCCGCACCCCGAGCGGGCAGCACCCCCACACACCGUGACCCCCAGGGAGCAGCCAAGACCUCAGUCCACCCCGGCAGACUUCCUUGAAGCCGAGUCCCCAGCACUCUCAGACCCAGGCCUCCCCACCUCUGUGGCCAUGGAGAAGGCCCACCCACUGGGCCCCCCAGGCCCCAGGACCCCCAAGGGUGAGGACCCCCAGUCACAGGAGGAGACAUUGGCCCCCACCACACCGGCUCCCCUGCAGCUGGCCCCCUUCACCUCACAGCCCCCCGAGGCCCACACGGUCCUCCAGGGGCCUGAGCCCGAGGAGCCCACCAGACCUGAGGGGCUUCCCGAGACUCCCCCAGAGGACACAGCCAGUCCUGGGAGCCUGAUAGACAAGAUGGAGAAUGAGCUGACCGGCUCGGCAUCCGAGGAGAGCCAGGAGACCACCACGUCCACCAUCGUCACCACCACAGUCAUCACCACAGAGCAGGUCCCAGCUCUCUGCGGUUUGAGCUUCUCUGAGCCGGAGGGCUACAUCGACUCCGGCGACUACCCCCCGCUGCCCCACCACGGCUUCCUGGAGUGCACAUACAACGUGACCGUCUACACUGGCUACGGCGUGGAACUCCAGGUGAAGAGUGUGAACCUGUCUGAGGGGGAGCUGCUGUCCAUCCGGGGGGUGGACGGGCCGAUGCUCACGGAGCUGGCCAACCAGACGCUCCUGGUGGAGGGUCAGGUCAUCCGCAGCUCCACCAACACCAUCUCCGUCUACUUCCGCACCUUCCAGGAUGACCUGGGCACCUUCCAGCUGCACUACCAAGCAUUCGUGCUGAGCUGCAGCUACCCUCGCCGUCCAGACAACGGGGAGGUGGCGGUGCUGGACCUGCGCUCCGGCGGGGUGGCCCACUUCCACUGCCACCUGGGCUACCAGCUGCAGGGCGCCCCGACACUCACCUGCGUCAACGCCUCCAAGCCUCGCUGGAGCAGCCCAGAGCCCAUCUGCUCAGAUCUGCGUCAGAGAAUGGUGGUCCACAGCGGGCUAACCAAUAGGUCAGCCGUCCUCUACGACUCCCUGCGCUCAGACAGCGUCCCCUUCGAGGGCCUGCUCAGUGACGGGGCCGCCAUCCACAUUGAGUUCACGGCGCUACAGACACCCACGACCUCGGCCUUCAACAUCCGCUUUGAGGCCUUCGAGAAAGGCCACUGCUACGAGCCCUACAUCCAGAACGGGAACUUCACCACGUCCGACCCCACCUACAACAUCGGCACAGUGGUAGAGUUCAGCUGCGACCCCGGCCACUCGCUGGAGCAGGGCCCACCCACCAUCGAGUGCAUCAACGUGCGAGACCCCUACUGGAACGACACGGAGCCCCUGUGCAGAGCCAUGUGUGGCGGGGAGCUGUCAGCCGUGGCCGGGGUGGUGUUGUCCCCAAACUGGCCGGAACCCUACGCGGAAGGGGAGGACUGCGUCUGGAAGAUUCACGUCGGGGAAGACAAGAGGAUCUUCCUGGAUAUCCAGUUCCUGAACCUGAGCAACAGCGACAUCCUGACCGUGUUCGAUGGUGAUGACGUGGUACCCCACGUGCUGGGCCAGUACCCCGGCAGCAGCGGCCCCCAGAAGCUCUACUCCUCCACGCCCGACCUCACCAUCCAGUUCCACUCGGACCCCGCGGGCCUGGUCUUUGGGAAGGGCCAGGGUUUCAUCAUUAACUACAUCGAGGCGUCCAGGAACGACUCCUGCUCCGACCUGCCUGAGGUCCAGAACGGCUGGAAGACCACGUCCCACACGGAGCUGCUGCAGGGGACCAAGAUCACCUACCAGUGUGACCCCGGCUAUGACGUCGUGGGCAGCGACACCCUCACCUGCCAGUGGGACCUCAGUUGGAGCAGUGACCCCCCCUUCUGCGAGAAAAUCAUGUACUGCACGGACCCCGGGGAAGUGGACCACUCCACCCGCCUGAUCUCGGACCCCGUCCUGCUGGUGGGCACCACCAUCCAGUAUACCUGCAACCCAGGCUUCGUGCUGGAGGGCAGCUCCCUGCUCACCUGCUACAGCCGUGAGACGGGCACCCCCAUCUGGACCUCCCGCCUGCCCCGAUGCGUGUCGGAGGAGUCCCUGGCUUGUGACAACCCCGGGCUGCCCGAGAACGGCUACCAGAUCCUGUACAAGAGGCUGUACCUGCCGGGGGAGUCCCUCACCUUCAUGUGCUAUGAGGGCUUCGAGCUCACGGGCCAGGUGACCAUCCGCUGCAUCCUCGGCCAGCCCUCCCACUGGAACGGACCACUGCCCCUGUGCAAAGUGAAUCAGGACAGCUUUGAACACGCGCUGGAAGAAGCAGCCGCAGAGACGUCUCUGGAGGGAGGGAACAUGGCACUGGUCAUCUUCAUCCCGGUCCUGGUCAUCUCCCUGCUGCUGGGCGGAGCCUACAUCUACAUCUCCAGGUGUCGAUACCACUCCAGCCUCCGCCUGCCUCUGAUCUACUCACAUCCCUACAGCCAGAUCACCGUGGAGACAGAGUUUGACAACCCCAUCUACGAGACAGGCGAAACCAGAGAAUAUGAGGUCUCCAUCUAGGGGCGGCUGCCCACCGGCCCCGGGAACACAACAGUGCAGCCCUGCCCCUCCGGAGCCCCAGCCUGGAGGGGGCGGGGAGGGGGGCGCAGAAGCCACCUGCCUGUGAGGGGAGCCCCCACCGCCUUCCCUCUCCUCUCUGUCCCGGGGGCUGGCGUGGUCUCCGCUGUAUUUAUUCUAUUUCACACGGGAUGGGACGGGGUGCGGCUGAGAGCCCCGUUCUGAAGGCAAACAUCCUGCAAAGUGGCAAAAACAGACACAGGCAGCUGAGAGCACCAAACGCAGAAGACGCCUCCCCUCCUCGCCGGGCCGCCUCCCCCCGACCCCCCCGCAUGCCUGCUCUGACUCGGCGCCCCCCCCCCCCCCCCC